GUAGAUCUUCUCUUUAACCGGUGAUGUCAUGCUGUCUCUACUGUCUCAACAUGGGUGUUCCUAACUUUGUAACCGGGGCAAAGAACUAGUGAAUUUCAAUUGGUUGAGAGAUUUUCCCUCUCUGCUGUGAGUGGUUGUUUUGGGCGUUCUAGGGAUUCCCUUUCGAACAGAUCGUUUAAGACCUCUUCGUCAAACUGAUGCAGGGCACACCACGGACCUGCUGGUUUCUGCAGACUCACGGAGCGGAGGUGAAACUUUUUGCGCGCUCUCAACAUCACGGGGAAACUCCUCACCACAGCCUUUACACAUCUUUGUAAGAACAAAUGGACUUGACCUCGACAAUGGAGAAGAUGUCAGUGGGGCACCCUCCAGAGGGGCGGGGCGCACCGUGUCAGACAUGUAAAGAUAUCUGCUCUGGAUUCAAGCCACAUUCCUGGAGGAAGGCGUGCGUGGCGUGCCACUGCAGCCUAGAAGACCACGCCCCCAGCUCUGACCUUGAGGACGAUCACCGGAUGGGCCGCCUGCUGGCGGACUCCAAGUACGCCCACCUGACAGCCAAGGUCAAAGGUGGCGCCGGCCUCCGAGUCUACAAACGCAACCGCAUGAUCAUCACCAACCCUGUGGUCUCCCGCAAGGACCCCACCUUCAACACCAUCACCUAUGACUGGGCACCGCCCGGCCUGACUCAGAAACUGGCCAUGCAGUACAUGGAGCUCCUCCCAGAGGAGAAGCGCCCGGUGGCGGGUACGGAGGGAGCGCUGUACCGCCGCAGGCAGCUGCUGAGACAGCUACCAGUCUACGACCAGGACCCGGCCGCCUGCCAGGGCCUGUCUGAGCAGGGGGCGAGGGACAUGGCCGCCUUCGUCAGGAGCUACAAGGACGUGGCUCUGGGGGUGGGGGAGGUGGCUCUGCCCGGAGAGGGAGGGGCCAGCAGGGAGGGGGGAGGAGCCGGGAGGGAGGGGGGAGGAGCCGGGAGGGAGGGGGCGACCAAGCAGAAGAACGGCAAGGGCAGUCAGGAUCAUCCAGACCCCCCGAGCUCCACCAUCUCCAACGGCAUCGAGAACAGCUGCAAGAAGAUUGAAUAUUUUUGCAGCGGCUGUGGGGUGUAGCGUCCAGCGACAACCCGGUGGUGUAUGCCGAGCAGGCAGGCUACGAGCGGCAGUGGCACCCCACCUGCUUCAGGUGCUCCCAGUGUGGCGAGGCCCUGGUGGACCUGGUCUACUUCUGGAAAU